CACCACCAUGUCGCCCACCUCGCCUCUUCAUCCCUCCCAGACACCCUUCUCACACUCCCUUUUCUUCUUAACACCUCGAAAAGGCCGCCUACAAUGUGUUUCACCACAUUCAUGUCCCACGAAUUGAGGGAGCUUGGCAAUGACAGCGGCCACGAGCCGGACGAGGAAGGGAGUUCCGGGUGCGUGAAUAUCCCCUGCACUCGAUCAUAUUACUCAACACUUCUUUUCCGCGGCGGGGGGAGGAGCCGAAGCAAGAGGAGGCGGAGGAAGCAGGGCAGACAUUGCCCCGCUUUCCCGUUAUAUUCUCCCUCAGACUGCGUCUGCGGGUGCGCCGACGCGUGCACGUGCGUCUUCUGCUCCUUGACCACCACCACGCUCCGACAUACACGUUCCCCCGCUCCCCCAGUCCUCUCCCCCUUCCUUCUUACUGUCAUCCACGCUUCUCAAGACGCGGAAAACGCGUUUCCGGACGCCCUUACGCGUUGAUCACGCGCAUGACCCGAGUCGCGCGGCGCUCAAAGACAGCGCGAGGAAGGAGGGAAAUACAGGCGCGUGAACCCGCGCCGCACACGACUUAAUACUAAUGAAUAUACAUUAUGAGAUGCAGUGGGGAUGCGGGGGGAUGCGUCAUCGCAACAAGCGGCGGCGUGCAAAUCCCCCUCCCCUCCCCCAAUUCGCUCUCAGCCCGUGUCUGAGGGCGCGGGAACUCGCUCCAGACGCGUAAUGUGUC